AAAAAAACACUCGUCGGAAAAGAGAAAAAAGAAAGCAGCAAAGCAAGCAUUAGCGAAAGCAGAGCGUGUACAGAAGAAUUCAAGGAAAAUCUUUAAACCUAUCAAAGUGAAGUAAAGAGAUAUUUUACUAAAGUUUUUUUGGCUGCGCGUCUAAAUUUCAAUUCUCCUGCCUGUCUCACAACUCUGAGCGCGCGUUUUCUUUUAACGCUCUCCAGGCCAUAACAAAAACAAAAGCUUCUACAUGAUGUCGUCGGACCAACAGUUUUUUCUAAAAUGGAACGAUUUUCAAACGAAUAUGGUGACCUCGUUCCGUCACUUGCGCGAUGAGAAGAGCUUCACAGAUGUUACACUUGCCUGCGAAGGUCAAACUUGCAAAGCACACAAAAUGGUGCUUUCAGCUUGCAGUCCCUACUUUAAGGCGCUAUUAGAGGAAAAUCCCUCAAAGCAUCCCAUCAUUAUACUGAAAGAUGUAUCCUACAUACACCUGCAGGCAAUACUAGAGUUUAUGUACGCCGGCGAAGUAAAUGUAUCGCAAGAACAACUGCCAGCAUUUCUUAAAACGGCUGAUCGACUUAAAGUGAAAGGUCUGGCAGAGACACCUAGUUCUAUAAAGCGGGAGGGUUGAUGGUAUUUAAACAAAUAAAAAAUAUAAACACAACUAUAAGAAACUUAUAUACGCAAGCAAGAAAACAAAAUUCCAACAAACGAAAGAAAAA